AUGUCAACUUUUCAGAAUACCACAUUCUCUCCCAUCACUUUCCUGCUAACCGGUAUCCCUGGGCUGGAAGCCUUCCAUGCCUGGAUCUCCAUUCCCUUCUGCUUUCUGUAUGUCACUGCCCUCUCAGGAAACAGCCUGAUUCUCUUCAUCAUCAUCACGCAGCCCAGCCUCCAUGAACCCAUGUACUAUUUCCUCUCCAUGCUGUCCACCUCUGACCUCGGCCUGUCCAUCUCUACUGUCGUCACCAUGCUGGGUAUAUUCUGGUUCAAUGCCAGGGAGAUCAGCUUUAAUGCCUGCUUGUCACAGAUGUUCUUUAUUAAAUUCUUCACUGUCAUGGAAUCCUCAGUGCUGUUGGCCAUGGCUUUUGACCGUUUUGUGGCUAUCUCUAAUCCCCUUAGGUAUACCACCAUUUUAACUGACUCCAGAAUAGCACAAAUUGGAGGGGCAAUUAUCAUCAGGGGGACCUUAAUGCUGACACCAAUGGUAGCACUUCUUAAAAGACUUUCCUACUGCCACAGCCACGUGCUCCACCACUCCUACUGCUACCACCCUGAUGUGAUGAAGCUCUCGUGCACAGACACCAGGAUCAACAGUGCAGUUGGGUUGACUGCCAUGAUCUCUACUGUUGGGGUGGACUCAGUCUUCAUCAUCUUUUCUUACAUCUUGAUCAUUAAGACUGUUAUCAGCAUUGCUUCCCCAGAAGAGAGGAAGAAAGCCUUCAGCACAUGUAUCUCCCAUAUCAUAGCUGUUGCCAUAUUCUAUAUUCCUUUGAUCAGUCUGUCUUUUGUUCACAGAUUUGGGAAACGAGCCCCAGCCUAUGUACAUACUAUGAUUGCUAACACCUACCUGCUGAUCCCUCCCGUGAUGAACCCCAUCAUCUACAGUGUGAAAACCAAACAAAUACGUAGAGUUAUGCUAAAAAUUCUUCGUUCCAAGGAAACAGAAUUUUAG